AUGGAAUCAGUUAAAAGAAAGGAAUUGAUAAUAGAGUAUUUAAAAGAGUAUUUUAAAAAUAGCUCGGAAAAAGAUAAAAUAGAUUGGCAACCAACUUUAGAAAGUUUAGAAGUAAUACAAACUAUAACUUUUUGUAGAUUUUUCUUUGAAUAUGGGUUCUAUAUCGAUGAAUACGUAAAAGAAGAAAGAGAAGAAGAUAAAUGUAUUUAUUUGGUGGAGUUUGUUUUAAAGAUAAAGAAAAUAUGGAUAAAUUUUUAA